AUGGCGGUGGUUUUACGAUAUGUUGAUGCACGUGGUAUUGUUAAGGAGAGAAUUUUUGGUAUUGUUCAUGUGACAGGGACAUCUUCUUCAAUUCUUAAAUCUGUCAUUGAUACUUUAUUUGCUGAACAUGGAUUGAGUUUGAAACAGGUAAGAGGGCAAGGUUAUGACAGAGCAAGCAAUAUGCGCGUUGUUGUGGCGGUUGCAAAUAAACAUGACGGAGUUGAGAACUUUUUUAAUAUGUUAGAAAUGGUGAUCAAUGUGGUGAAUGCUUCUUGCAAGCGUAAAGACAUGCUUCGACAAUUUUACAAAGAUAGAGUGCAAGAAGCAAUUGGUAAAUGUGAAAUUAAAACUGGAACAGGGAGAUACCAAGAGUGUUCCAGUAUGUUGAAGAGGACGGGGAUAAUGGUUUUAGUCGCACAUAAGCAACUGAGGUCACAAACUUGUUGUCACGGACUCUUCAAAAAAAAGGAUCAAGAUAUUUUGGAAACGGUUUCAUUGAUAAGAGGAACCAAACAACUAUUGCAACAAUUUAGGGAAACUGGUUUUGAUCCACUUUUGAAGAAAAUGUAUUCUUUUAGUGAAGCAAAUGGUAUUAAAGCUUUGGAUAUGGAAGACCGUUAUUCAAAAAACGGAAUACAAAAGACCAACAUCACCAAUCGUCAUUAUUACAAGUUUGAUAUUUUCAACACUGUUGUGGACAUGCAAAUUCAAGAGUUUGGGGAUCGAUUUAGUGAGUUAAGUAUUGAAUUGCUUAAAAAUAUAGCAGCUUUGAGUCCAUGUGAUUCAUUUUCGCAGUUCAAUGUAUCAGAUUUGUUGAAGUUGAGUAAGUUGUAUUCUCAAGAUUUUAGUCAUAUGGAAAGGAUCGUUCUUGAGAAACAACUUAACAUGAACUAUUUGAUUGUGCGUCAAGAUGAAAGAUUUACCGAUUUGAGUGGUAUUGUCGAGCUCGCUAGACUGCUAGUGGAAACUAAAAAACAUAAAACUUAUCCUCUAGUAUAUCGGUUAUUGAAGUUAGCUUUGGUUUUGCCAGUUGCUACAGCAACAGUCAAAAGAUGUUUUUUUGCUAUGAAGAUUGUGAAGUCAGAUUUGCGCAACAAAAUUGAAAUGUCUGCCAAGAAUGUGAACUUCUCGAUUGAUGAUGUGUCUUUUAAGCCCAAUAAUCAUAUGGCGCUUUUAGACAUUCCGGCCAACAAAUCUUACUACGAGGAAGCUGCUACAUUCCUCAAGAACUCUCCUAUCUCUUUCGCUAUCUCUCAUGAACCUGUCAUGGUGAAGGAAGUUCUUCAGCAGUUCUGGCUUACUGUUGAAGUAGUUCAAUAG